CCGUUGCCACUGACUGUCACUGAUACGCCGGCUGCUAAAGAGAGAGCAAUUUGAAGAGAAGCGCGUGCGUUGUUCGUUGUCAAUAAGAAAGUAUUUGGCAGCAUAAUCACAUUGCGAAAAAACUAACAACAACACGCACCCUGACCUCUCACAGCCGCCAAAUUUGUUGAGACGAGAGAUCCCCCUUACCACCCUGCAACACUGAUACACACACAACACACACACACACCUCGGCACAGACACACAUACUCACACACAGAGGGAGGCACUUGAGAAGAGUGGGGCAGGCAACAAAAUGAUCAACAUGGACAUCAGCGUAACGCCCAACUAUUCGUACAUUUUCGACUUUGAGAAUGACUUCAUACACCAGCGCACACGCAAAUGGAUGGUCGAGAAUUGGACCUGGGUGUUCUACUAUUGUGGCAUCUACAUGCUGGUUAUAUUCGGCGGUCAGCACUUUAUGCAAAAUCGGCCGAGAUUUCAGUUACGCGGCCCACUGAUAAUAUGGAGCACACUGCUGGCCAUGUUCAGCAUUAUGGGCGCGUUCCGUACGGCGCCGGAACUGUUGCAUGUGCUGCGCCACUAUGGACUUUUCCACUCCGUUUGCGUUCCUAGCUAUAUCGAGCAAGAUCGCGUUUGCGGCUUCUGGACCUGGCUAUUUGUGCUCUCGAAACUGCCAGAAUUGGGCGACACGAUAUUCAUAGUGCUGCGCAAGCAGCCGCUGAUCUUCCUGCAUUGGUAUCAUCACAUCACAGUGCUGAUCUAUUCGUGGUUCAGCUACACCGAAUACACCUCAUCGGCGCGCUGGUUCAUUGUGAUGAACUAUUGUGUGCAUUCGGUGAUGUAUUCGUACUACGCUCUGAAGGCGGCCCGCUUUAAUCCGCCCCGCUUCAUUGCCAUGAUCAUCACGUCACUGCAGCUGACGCAAAUGAUCAUUGGUUGUGCGAUCAAUGUGUGGGCCAACGGUUUCCUUAAGACGCACGGGGCCCAAUCGUGCAACAUCUCGCAGACGAACAUCAAUCUAUCGAUUGCCAUGUACUUCAGCUAUUUUGUGCUCUUCGCGCGCUUCUUCUACAAGGCGUACCUGUCGCCGGGCGGCAAGAAGAGUCGUCAUAUGGCUGCCUCCCUGGCUGCCCAAAAUACCGCCAAACUCUCCGCCGGACCCAACGAUGUCUCCAGCAAGUUUGUGGCCAGCGAUGCGGCCGCGGCUUCUGCUGCCUAUCUGCGCAAGGCCAAGGCGCAAUAAAUACACAAACGCACCACACACACCCACAUCCACAAAAGGAAUCACAUCCAGACACAUACACACAUCUACAACUACUACUACUACAUACCACAAGCCCAUCCCUGUACUGCUAAGGACAUUUAUUUAAUGAUGCUGAGAUGAGUAACGGUGGAAAAGUUGUUUUUUAAUUUUAAACGACGCAAAAGGAUACGGCCGGGAACACGGACACAUACACGCACGCACGCACACACACACACACACACACACAUAACACCUGCAUAAAGGGAGGGGAGGGGGAGCGUUGGGAAAAUUUAUUUAUAAGCAUAAAGUUUCACACAAAAGCAACGUGCAGCGACAAAUUUAUAACAACUUUUUUUAAACUAUGUUUGUAAUUCUUACGACGUUUAUACGAAGCCUGAAAAUUGUAAAUUCAAAACAAGCUCGAUUUAACAAAAGAGAAACAUAACUAUCCUCAAAAUUAUGUUGUAAAUUAACUCAGCGAACACAAAUCUAAAUUUGUUGAAAUGCUAAGAAAGGCAAACAAGUAAAGUUGUAAGUGAAAAAGUUCUGUUCAAAGAAAAAAAAAACAUUGUAUCACUCUAAAUUUGCUGUAUUAGUUAAAUAGACACUAUUUUGUAGGUCUAUGGACCGUUUAUAAAUGUUGCAUAGUUCGAUACUUAGUAACUUUAUUGCCAAUUGUGUUUUCUAUUUUUUUGCCUCAGGUGGGGUUUUCACAACGCUCAACAAACAAGAACUAUACAGAACCUCCGUAAUGCUCGUGUUGCUCCAAAAAUUUUGUUAGUAAAUUCUCAAAUUGUUUGUUUGUUUGCCAAAGUGCUGUGUAAACCGUUCAGUUUUGCAUGGGAAAGCAAAAAAGACAUACAUAUAUGAAAAAUAUAUAGUGUUCUCUAUAUAUAUAUAUAAUUCUAUUGUUUGAACGAGCAGCAAAACCGCAACAAAUUUUAGAUUCGUUUGCAAAAGUUUUAAAUUUUUUCGUAGUUGGGUCGGAAACUUGUACUCUAAGUCUCUACACUUAUAUAUAUGUAUGUAUAUUUAUAACUCUAAAUAUAUAAAAUAGAAGCGAAAUGGAAAUGAAUGAAAUAUUUUAAAGCAUUACAACAAACUAUAAGUUUAGUCUAUAAUGAUCAAGCGCAAAUUGUUAUUGUAAAGUAAUAAAAUGUAUGCUAUUUUUGUUUAACAUUAACAAACAAACAAAAAAAGUAAAGGGAGAAGCUGCAUUUUGUUUUGGUUUCUUUUCUAUGAACACUCACCUUCUUUUUACUGCUGCAGAACGAAAGAAAAAAAUAGGAUACGAAAAAUAUAAAUAUUUUUGAAAUAUACAUUUUUGAAUGGAGGAGGAAAACAAACACUAAUGUAACGUAAAUACCAAACCCUCAAGCGAAGAAAUUCAAAUGAUUUAUAUUUGUAAGAAAAAACAUAAACAAAAAGUCCUAUUUGGAAAGAUAAUUAAGUGUAAAUGAUGUAAAAGAAUAAGAGAUGAAUGCAGUAAAAUGAAACUUUAAUGCGAACAUUAAAUGAACAUAUUGCAAUUUUAGUGUGAAAACCAAAAAAAAAAAUAAAUAAAUAAAACAUGAUGAAAAGGUAAUAACAACGGAUUAAUAAAAUGUAACGGAAAAAGGAUAAA